UACUACGGCUAUGUAGAUUUGUUCGCUCUUAUUUUGAAGAGAAAGUCACAUGCUGUCUCCGCCGGUGACGGGGUGCUGGCUAACGUACAGUAGUAUCAGUGCAGCCGAACGACGUUACUGUCUCACUCAUCAUUUUUACGAAAUCCUUUGAAACAAGCUGUGAAAUGUGUGGUAUCUGGGCUUUGUUUGGCAGUGAUGAGUGCCUGUCAGUUCAGUGCACCAGUGCCAUGAAGAUCGCUCACAGGGGCCCAGAUGCCUUCCGCUUUGAGAACGUGAAUGGCUUCACCAACUGCUGUUUUGGCUUCCACCGGUUGGCUAUUGUGGACCAGCUGUAUGGAAUGCAGCCCUUGCGCAUCAAAAAGUUCCCUUUCCUUUGGCUCUGCUACAAUGGAGAGAUUUACAACCAUCACACACUGGGGGAGAAGUUUAACUUUGAUUACCAGACUAAAGUGGAUGGUGAGGUUUUGCUCCAUUUGUAUGACCGCUUUGGUAUACAGAAGAUGGCCUCUCUCCUGGAUGGCGUCUUUGCUUUUGUCCUGCUGGACACAGCCAACAGAAAGGUCUAUCUGGGAAGAGAUACGUAUGGGGUCCGGCCUUUGUUCAAAUUCCUAACAGACAAUGGAUUCCUUGCAGUCUGCUCAGAAGCCAAAGGCCUUACAAACCUUACACAUGCAAUGGACACUCCUGCCAACAUCAUCCCCUUUCUUCCUGGGCACUUUGAGGUCUUUGAUUUAAAGCAGGAUGGCAAAGUUCGGUCCAUUAAAAUGGAACAGUUUCACUGCUGCACAAAAGAGCCCGUUCAUGCCAUCUACGACACUGUGGAGAGACUGCCUACAAGUUUUGAGGAGGAAAGAGUGAAAAGGACCAUCAGAACCCUGUUUGACAAUGCUGUAAGGAAACGUCUCAUGGCUAACAGAAGAAUUGGCUGUCUGUUGUCAGGUGGUCUGGACUCCAGUUUGGUUGCUGCUACACUCGUGAAGCUGGCCAAGGAGGAGGAGGUGGAGUAUCCCAUUCAGACCUUUUCAAUUGGGUCAGAGGACAGUCCAGACAUCAUAGCUGCUCGCAAGGUUGCAGAUCACAUUGGCAGUGAACACUACGAGGUGAACUUUACUGCGGAAGAAGGAAUCCAAGCUGUAGAGGACGUCAUCUUUCACCUGGAGACCUAUGACAUCACCACAGUACGUGCCUCUGUUGGGAUGUACCUGGUUUCAAAGUACAUCAAGGAGAAGUCAGACAGUGUGGUGAUCUUCUCCGGAGAGGGUUCUGAUGAGCUGACUCAGGGAUACAUUUACUUCCACAAGGCUCCGUCUCCCAAAGUAGCUGCAGAGGACAGUGUUCGUCUGAUGAAGGAACUCUACCUGUUUGAUGUCCUCCGUGCUGAUCGCACAACUGCUGCACACGGUCUGGAACUUAGAGUGCCUUUCCUGGACCACAGAUUCACAGCGUACUACCUUUCUCUGCCCGAGGAGAUGAGGGUUCCCAAGAACGGCGUUGAAAAGCAUCUUCUGAGGGACUCCUUCAAAGGUCUCAACUUGAUCCCUGAUGAGAUCCUGUGGAGGCGCAAAGAGGCCUUCAGUGACGGUAUGAUGUCUGAGAAGAAGUCCUGGUACACCUGCCUGCAGGACCACCUAGAGUCUAUGGUGAACGAUGACCAGAUGGAGAAGGCUUGUAAGACGUUCCCUCACAACCCUCCACGCACCAAAGAGUCCUACUACUUCAGACAGGUGUUUGAGAAGCACUACCCAGGCCGGGCUAAGUGGCUCCCCCAUUACUGGAUGCCACGCUGGAUCAAUGCCACCGACCCAUCGGCCCGGACCCUGUGUAUCUACAAACCUGAUAAAGAUCAAUGAGCAGCUCGGGAACAGCUGUGUGUGUGUCAGUCAACAAUAUGUUGGUCUUCUUAAAACAUUCUGUGUGUCAUACUGUACUUUGUUUAGUUCAGCUUUUGUGAAGUGGGGUUGUAUGAAGUACUUAUCCAUAGUCACUGUAUUGCCUGCAGUAGAAAACCUUAUUUUAGCCACCUUGAAGCCGCAGUAGGUAAUUUAUUAAAAUAUGUUUGUCAUAUUUGCUGAAACUUUCACUUUAUCCUGACAGAUAAUCUGUAAAAAAAAUCAAGUUCCUCUGGCUCCUCCUAGUGCUCCUAAUGGCAUUUGCAAGAAUCCACCAGGCCUGAAUGAAAACAACCAAUCCAAGCAAAGAAGGACAGGUGACUGUUGAGUCUCAUUCCUGUGUCGUCAAAUACAGACGCUCUGGGACCCUGGGAAUAAGACUCAACAAUCAACUAUCUUCAAACUUCCAACCCAAAGUGUCUAUUUCUUUCUUGGGUCUGAUUGGUUUUUUUUCGUUGCAGCCCAGUAGAUUUGUGCAAAUACCAUUAGGAGCACUAGAACGAGCCAGAGGAACUUGAUUUUUUUCACAGAUUAUCUGUCUCAUGUACUACUGUUGGAACACACUGAAAAUUUCAGCAAUAAUGAUUAUUUUUUCUAAAAGUUACCUACUGCAGCUUUAAAAAAAAAAAAAAAAUCAAUAUCAGUUUUAGUGUACACUGUACAGUGUUAAGAACAUUCUCAUGUCCUUUGACGCUACAUUGUCUCAACUUAUAACUUCUGUACUCCUACGCCUCAGCCCAGCUGUUCCUUGAACGGCGUAUUGUGCAGCAGAUCAGCUGUUGGAGUGGAGUGGAGUUUAUGGAACAGAAAAAUAAUUGACUCUGACAGCAAUGAUGAAAUACUGUUCCCUGUGGAGCCAAGAGGAUACCUUCAUGAACCAGAGUAUACAGAAAAAGAACUUCUGAAGAUUGAUCAGAUAUGGCUGAGGAAAUGUAGCACCAAAGGAAAGGGCUGUCUGACUGCAAGGACAAGCUCUGAAAAUAUUGUUAAAAUAGCAACUGCAGGAGUAUAUCUACUGCAGGUAAUGUACUGACUGUGGACAAGUACCUCAUACAACCCCACUUCAAAAAACCUAAACUAUCAAUUUAAAGCUCCAGUUAGUAACUUUAAAAAUAUAGUUUUGUCAUUAUUGCUGCCUGUCCUGACACUAGUACAUGAGACAGCUGUUGGCUCUGACACUGUCACGCAACGGCCAUAACGCCAAACUCAAGCCUUCAAAACGGUACUCCACAGACCAAUGGGUGACAUUCAGACUUGGUUCUGACAGUAGUACAUGAGACAAAUAAAUUGUGAACAAAUCAGGUUCCUCUGGCUCCUCCUAGUACGCUUAAUGGCAUUUAAGAAUCUGCUUUACCAGAACAAAAACAACCAAUCAGAGCAGAGAAUGAUGUAACUUGGUAAAUCAGUUCCUUUUUCACUGAAGCAAGGUUCAGUACACAGGAUCCACAGAAUGGCAAACCAGUCCAAAAAAGGCUAGUCAAAGGGCAGGCAAAAAUCCAGAAAACCAACGUACAUGAACACCAUAAAUACUGCUGGUACACUUGUUGGAGAAGAAAAAGACGAACUGGCACAGGAGGGAGGAAAACACAGAGACUAUAUAGUGAGCAGGUGUAAGGUAAUCGGAUGCAGGUGCAGGUGAUUGAGGGCGGAGCAAACAAUUACCAUUGGCGGGAAACACAGGGAAAGGAAGUGAGAAGAUCAGAAACAAGGGAAAGAAAGGUACAAAAUAAAACGGGAAACGCACAGAACUUCAAAAUAAGACAACGACUGAACUGUGACAAUCAACUAUCUUUCUCGCCUCUGGUUGUUUUCAUUCAGGCCCGGUGGAUUCUUGCAAAUGCCAUUAGGAGCACUAGGAGGAGCCAGAGGAACCUGAUUUUUUCACUGAUUAUCUGUCUCAUGUAAUACUGUACUGUAAAAUAUGACAUAUAUUCUAAAAUGACCACUGCAGCUUUAAAUUGAACUCCAUUUGAAAUUAGUUACACUGAGCAUGUCAACUGGGCAAUUUCUGGGACUGCUACUUGUCAAAAUAAGAGGAGCUAUACAGCUACUAUUUAGAAAAACCUGAUUAGACCCUGUUCAGCUUUGUGCAGCUGACUGCGCUAUACAGCAAGUGCCAUUGAUGUGUGAUUGUAGCCACAAAGGCCUGUGUUGAGAGAUGAAAAUGAACUUGCAGGGAUUUGAAAGUUGCUUGAGAAAGAUGAUCCAUCACAGUGAACACCAUGAUCUUUUGGGCACUAUGAUAUAUUACAUUUAAUAUGUGACUGUGAAGCCUUCCCUGAGGAGCUGCUCAGCCAACUAAAACAUUCUGAGCCUGAGCUUUAGUGUCAUGGAUUACAUGCUGUUACACUGCUUUCCUUGUUGUGUCAAUAUUUUUUUAUUUUCAAGGGCACAAAAAAGAUCAGUUACCAAUCUAAAAACAAUGGGCCUUGAACGCCACAUCAGUCUUGUUAUGUAGAACCAUGUAGGGUGACCCUCUUAGAUACCGUGGCCUCAUAAAUGACCGUAGACAUGAUAAAUAUAUUUUAAUAGCUUCAUACUGAUCCUUCAACUUAUCUAAAUUAGAUGUCUAUUUGGGAGAUAUAUUUUCUCAUGUUUCUAUGUAGGUUUAGGGUGUAACCUCUAACAGAUUACUGUAUUCAGAGCUGCUAACACCAAAAAGGUUGAUGCUCCAGCUUGUUGACUAGUAUCUUAUGCAAUUUGUGUGAAAGACAUCUUACAGUUUCUCAUGGAUGGAGGUGACUCAGUGAGUGAAGCUGGCAUUAGCUUUUCACGCUGAUUAAUGACACCUCUGCUGUUCUUCACUGGGAACUAGGUGUUCGGUUAGGACUGGCUAUGCAAGUGUGUGGCACAGGCACAUCAUGUUAAAGCUGCAGUAGGUAACUUUCAUAAAAAUAACUUUUUGUCAUAAUUGCUGAAACUUUUACUAUAUCCUGACAGUAGACCAUGAUGGCCAGACCAUAAUCUGUGGGGGGGGGAAAACAACCAAUCAGAGCCAAGAAAGUUAUAGACACUUUGGGUUGGAAGUUUGAAGACAUUUGACUGUUGAGUGUCAUCCCCAGGGUGCCAAAGAGUGUUUAUUUGAAUCCCAGAGAAUGAGUCUCAAAAAUCAACUAUCUUUCUCGGCUCUGAUUGGUUGUUUUCAUUCAGGCCCGGUGGAUUCUUGCAUAUACCAUUAGGAGCACUAGGAGGAGCCAGAGGAACCUGAUUGUUUCACUGAUUAUCUGUCUCAUGUACUACUGUCAGGAUAUAGUGAGGGUUUCAGCUAAUAUAAAAGUUACCUACUGCAGUUUUAAGUAAGGCUCGGGCGAUAUAUAUAUCUAUAUAGAUAUAUAUAGAUAUUUUGCUCAACCCUAGUUAGAGUGUGGAGAUGUGAGUGAACUACAGGAAAUGGAUGCCUGACAAUAUACUGCAAUUCAGUAACCAGUAAGCAUCAAACCUUGAGGAUCAUUUGAACAAAGUGAGCUUCAUAGUUGUGAAUAAUUUAUUGCAAGUCUGUUUUAUUGGAUUGCAUUAUAUUUUUAGUUUUUUUGUCCAUGAUCUGCCUAACUAGAUUUUUCUUUAUUGUUGCGGUUUGGUACUAAUUGCUGCUAAAAUAAAUUCACCUCUUGGAA